AUGUCGGCAGAGUCCGGGAAGGCAAACCGGGAGGCAUCACUCGCUGUCACAGAGACUCAACAUAUGACGGCCUCCAUCGCUUCAUUGACGCUUGAUACACCGUUCCGUCCAUUUCAGAAGAAGAAGCCAAAGCCACCGGAGAAGGUAUUUCCCUUUCUGUUACUGCCGUCGGAACUGCGGAUCAAAAUCUAUGAAUAUUUCUUUGCCGACAUCACUGAGGUUCUUGACUUGUCUCGAGAGAACCACAAACGAAUUCACAAGAAUCUCGGCCUGAUGAGGACGUGCAGGCUUAUCAGCAACGAAGCGACGCAUUUCUUCUAUAGCACGCGAACGUUCCGACUCUUCCCCACGACGCCCGGCCGGUACUACAAGACCAAGAAGCCUCUUCUGGCCCGUCUUUCCGCUAGACAGCGACGGUGUCUCACCAGAAUUGAGAUGCGACUUGGACCAGGCUGGAGUGCACCGCCUGCGGGUUGGGUCGUCAAUGCUGCCCUGGGACUACAAGACUGCAUCCACGUCCAUACUCUGGCAGUCUAUGUGCAGGUUGACCCGAGCGACAAUAUUUUUAAUGAAUUUCGCCGCGCAGACGGCUUUUACGAGGAAUUCAGCCGCGAACUUUUGGCAAGCACCCUGAAAGGUCUGCCGGCAGUUCGCACCAUAGAAUUCGACGCCUACGAAAGCGUACAGAAGAGGGGCCCUAUGAUGCGCUCCCUUUUCAGCGUUGCCACCGAGUCAGGCAAAGCUAUCACCUGGGGCCCUGAUCGUGGAUGGUUUGGUGCACCCGAGGAUCCGGAGCCACCUACGAAAAAUGGCGUCCCCAACCGAUACCUUGACAGCAUCCCUAUUACCGGGUUCACGGCGCAAGGCUUUGUUGCUGCUGCAUAG